CCAUACAUGUACCAAAAAGUAUCAACUCUUUGCGUGUAUAUAACACCAAAUUCAUUUUCAUUCAAACAAAAUAGAGUAGAUAAGACAUUUUGUAGAACAAAUUUGAAUGUUAACAUAACCUCAAACAAAUUUUAAAUUUCAAAGACAGCAAUAUCAAAUCAAGAAGCAAGAAAUAAUCUAAGGAAAGUGGAGAACCCCCAUAAAAUAACCGAAAGCGAAUUAGGGGUUACAAGAUUUUUAAAUCUUCUGAAGACAUGUCUCAGAAAAGUCCCAAAGUUAAUGAUGAUGAAGUGAAUCCCGUAAAAGCAGAAAGAACUGGAACUGUUAGAGAGGUUGGAGCACAAGCUAUAUGGAGCCUUUCUUCUUGCAAACCAGGUUUUGGAGUUCAUCAACUUAGAGAUGAUCGAGAGGAUACCUAUUGGCAGUCUGAUGGACAGUUACCACAUCUUAUAAAUAUACAGUUUCAAAGAAAAACCACUAUUAGUGACAUUUACAUUUAUACAGAUGCUAGACUUGAUGAAAGUUACACCCCUAGUAGAAUAUCAAUAAGGGUUGGCACUCAUUUCAAUGAUUUGCAAGAGAUUGAAGUUAUUGUGCUUUCUGAACCAAUAGGUUGGACACAUAUUCCUAUCAAAGAUAUCCGAGGAAAACCCAUCAGGUUAUUUAUGAUUCAGAUUGCUGUAAUCAAUAACCAUCAGAAUGGUAGAGACACCCAUAUGAGGCAGGUUAAGGUUCAUAGUCCACUUGAAAGCCAAAGAGUAUUUGAUAAUUUCACUAAGUUCUCUACUGUUGAUUUUCAAAAAUAUGGAACAGUUAGAUAAAAUAUUUUGUGAUAUUAGGAUUUUAUGAAAUCACUUGUAAAAUAGAUAAUUAAUUGUGCUAAAAUAGCACAUUAAUUACCCUCUCCAUGAAAACUUAUAGUCGGGGUAUCUCUUGGUAAGUAUUCAUCGAAAGGAUAAUUUACAAUGACUCAUUAUAUAAAAAAUUAUAAUUUGAUGUUCUUGGAUCUGAUAAUAAAACAAUUCUUUACUUUU